UUGGAAUGCUCCACGUAGGAGAAAAUGAGGAGAAAGACGGGAAACUUCAAACGUAAGACAGGUAAAGACAGUAAAGCACUUACGGAAGUGAGUGACCAAGAAUCUAAAAAAGACAGCAGUCAGCGUGAUGAUUCUGCAACAAAUACAAGAGUUCAAACUAAGAAGAGACAGUAUGUAUGUGCAGAGUGUGGGAAAGCCUUCAGUCAGAGUGCAAACCUCACAGUACAUGAGCGAAUCCACACAGGAGAGAAACCAUAUAAGUGUAAGGAAUGUGGAAAAGCCUUCAGUCAUAGCUCCAACCUUGUUGUUCAUCGAAGAAUCCAUACUGGACUGAAGCCCUACACGUGCAGUGAAUGUGGGAAGGCUUUCAGUGGUAAGUCACACCUCAUUCGACACAAGGGAAUCCACAGUGGGGAGAAAACCUAUGAAUGUAAAGAAUGUGGGAAAGCCUUUAGUCGGAGUUCAGGCUUGAUUUCACAUCACAGAGUUCACACUGGGGAGAAGCCUUACACUUGUAUUGAAUGUGGGAAAGCCUUUAGCCGUAGUUCAAACCUCACUCAACAUCAGAGAAUGCACAAAGGAAAAAAAGUGUACAAAUGUAAAGAGUGUGGGAAAACAUGUGGUUCUAAUACGAAGAUUAUGGACCAUCAGAGAAUUCACACUGGGGAGAAGCCUUAUGAAUGUGAUGAGUGUGGAAAAGCUUUCAUCUUAAGGAAGACACUUAAUGAACACCAGAGACUUCAUCGUAGAGAAAAACCUUAUAAAUGUAAUGAAUGUGGGAAAGCUUUUACUUCUAAUCGAAACCUCAUUGAUCAUCAAAGAGUUCACACUGGAGAGAAACCCUAUAAAUGUAAUGAGUGUGGGAAAACCUUCAGGCAGACUUCACAAGUUAUUCUACAUUUGAGAACCCACACUAAAGAGAAACCCUAUAAAUGUAGCGAGUGUGGGAAAGCCUAUCGGUAUAGCUCUCAGCUUAUUCAACACCAGAGAAAACAUAAUGAGGAGAAGGAAACCUCAUAAGUAACAAAUGUUGGAUAUAGGGCUGACUGACUA